CUCAUUGUCAUAUCCUCCCUAUAUAUAUUCAAGAAACCCCUUCUCAUAUAUUCAAACACAAUUUCCAAACUUCAUUUCUUCUUCCAACAUUUCUCAAUUACAACACAAAGUUUUACAAAAAUCACUAAGAGAACAAAGUAAGAAGAAAAAUGGCCUCAUUCAUGAAGCAUUCUUCCAUGAUUCUUUUCUUUGCUUGCACCCUUUUUCUCCAAGGAGCAUUAGGGGAAAUCACAUGUGAAAACUUGCCAACAAAUGUUUGCUCUUUUUCGAUCUCAUCAUCUGCCAAGAGAUGUUUAUUAGAGAACUCAGCAAAUGAAGUUGGAAAAAUGGAGUAUCAAUGCAAGACAUCAGAGGUUAUGGUUGGAAACAUAAGAGAAUAUAUUGAGACAGAUGAAUGUGUUAAUGCAUGUGGUGUUGAUAGAAACUCUGUUGGGAUUUCAUCUGAUGCUUUGCUUGAACCUCUAUUUACUGCAAAACUUUGUUCACGUCCUUGUUAUCAGAAUUGUCCCAACAUUGUUGAUCUUUACUUCAAUUUGGCUGCUGGAGAAGGAGUGUAUUUGCCAGAUUUAUGCAACAAACAGAGAACCAGCCCACACCGCGCCAUGAUAGAGCUAUUGAGCAGUGGUGCUGCUGCUGAUGCCCCUGCCCCUUUUGCUUCUCAAGAUAUUGUUGUUGGUGCACCUGAUAUUGCCCCUGCUUCUUUCUAAUUUAUAUACUUUAUACGCAGCGGGAGUUUCAAUACGCUGAGAUGCCUUUAUAUAUGUAUACUAUUAUAUUCUAAGUCACUUUCCUUGGGAAUUGGUUCAUGCAAAGGAAAGUAUUUGUUUACUACAUUAAGAUUGAAAUUGUUAUUGUAGUAUAGUGAGAGACCGAAAAAUGGGAUUUUGAUCUCAUUGUUAUUGUUUUAUUUUUCUUUUCAUAGGAUUUGUAGGAAUUUGUUGUUGUGAGAGAAUCUGUUCACCAGUUUUUCUACGGCUGAGACAUCAAUAAAAUAUUUUCUUUCUUUAUA